AUGAUAUGCGCCUUUGGUCCCGUGCGACAUUUGACGCUUAUCCAUGACGGCCUCUACCAACGCGCUUACUCAGUACAUCUGCUGCACCGCGUGUUGGCGAUCAGUUCCGAAGAUGGAGAUCCCUACGAUGCCUUUAACGAUGAUGAUCUGGGAGACAACUCUGUGGAUGACGAGGACUCCAACGAGGAAGACGACGAUGCGCCGACUGGCCUCGUGCCUUCCCUGCCUGACGGCCUCACUGUGCCAUAUGCGUACGCACCAGGCGACAUGCUAUCCAAUCCAGUACCCGCCACAGCAGCCCUGCCGACAGCCGGCUCGCGUCCCGUCCAAUCCCCUGCAUCUAGCACCGCCGCCGUGCCUGCGUUGCCGCCUUUGACCGCAACUACCGAUCAAGGCCAGUCGCUGUACCCCAACCCACAUCAAUUCGAACCACACCAACAGCACCCACAUCAGCAGCAAAUCUUGCAGCAACAGCAGAACCGCCCUGGUGCGCCUGCAGCAACUUCCGGCGCUGAUGCUGGUGUCGCUGUGGCCGCUGGGGCCGGGGCCGCUUCUGGAACCCCCCGCCUGCUGCAGGCUGUGGUGUGGCAGCCCAGCAAGGUGCUGUCGGUGUUCCCCUGGCAGCUCCGAGCGCACUUCUUCCUCUCGCUGGCGUCCACCAGGAUGUACCUGCUCAUGGGGCUGUGGCCCAGGGCAGCCGCAGUGGCAGCGGCGGCGCCGCGCCGCCUGCGCCAGCAGCCCCUUUCCGCCACCGCCGCUGCCUCCACAGGCCACAGUCACCACCAGCAGCAGCAGCAGCCUCCUGGUGCUGCACCACACGGGCAACACGCAACCGGAGGACCCGGCGGGGUGUUCGGGGCGGUGCCUUCGCCGCACGACUCAGCAGCAGCAGCAGCGGCGGCCUCGCAGUCAUAUGGCACCGGCGGCGCCGGAGGCAGCGGCAGCGGCAGCGGCGGGUUCUCGCAUCCCCAUGCUCAGGCACAGGCGGCUGCGCACACCUACGCACAGCAGGCUCACGGGUACGAUGGCAUGGGUAGCUUGUACGGCUUCAGCCGUACAGUCACGGACGAGAGCCAGAGCCUGGCUGCGGCGCUUUCGGCCGUGGGACGUGGCGUGCCUGUGUUCCUUCCUCCGGAGAUGCUCGUCCAACAUGGUGUGCAGGAGGACCUCAUGGCCAGCUGCGUGUUCAAACCGGCAGUGAAGAGCGGCCCCGGGGGCGCUGUGGCGGCGGGCGGCAGUGGCGACGACGGCGGCGGCGUCAGCGGCGCGGGCCGCUCACCGCUCCCCCGCUGGCGCUCCUGGCCCUCCCUCAUCAGCCGCUGGGUGGCGCACCUGGCGGGCCGCAUAGCGCAGCACGGAGGGCGAGCAGCCGCCAAGUUGCGAGCAGCUGGGGCUGGGGGGGGGCCUGCCGGGGGGGGUGCGGGUGCAGCAGCGCCGCCGCGGCCGCUGCACCCACCACGCCAUCAGGCCAGCACAUCCUAUGGAAACGAUGGGGACAGUGGCAGCAGCAACGGUGGCGACGGCGAGGGCAAUGACCCACGGGUCGGUUCCAGGCGUGCUGUGGAGGAGGAGCAGCAGAAGGGAGGAGGAGGAGGCACGGCCGUGUCGAGGUGGCUGAGCGCGAGGGGGGCGGGGGCAGGAGAGGCCGGGUCGCAGCAGCCGCAGCACGCGUACGUGGAGUGUCGGCUGUACCGUACUGACCGCGUGCGCAACGUGUCGUACACCUGUCCUGCCGUACUUACUGUACUGCCCUCGCCGCCGCGGGGCAGCUGGCGUUCGGCGCAUCUACACCACACCUUACAUAAUUACCACCAGCUGCAGCAGCACCAGCAGCACCAGCCUGCAGCCGCCGGAGCGGCAGCAGCGGCCUGCCCCGGGGGCGGCAGUACGUGCCCCGCGAGCAUGACUACAGCCAAUGGGGGGGCGGCAACUCUGCCGCCGCUGCCGCAGCAGCAACAACCCCCUCUGCAUCCACACGGCGCACGGCCGCGACAAAAACCGCGGCUGUUGCGGCGCUUAUGGUCAGAUCUACGGUACAUGGCGUACGGCGCCGUCAUGCCGUACAAGUGGGCACCCAUCCUGGCGGGUCUCCUCAGCCCCCACAUGUUCCUGCUCGCAUGUCUGCCCUCAAUGCAGUCUCUGGGCCUUAUAGGGCCCUUCACGAUACGGCUGUGGUCGUACCAUGCUGCAUGUCUCAUCCUGACGGGUGCUGACCACCUGCUGCUGCUGCGACUGGCUUCGGAGCUGUGGCUGCGGCUGAGGCCUCGUGGUGGCGGACCCGUGGGUCGCAACCAUUGGCGGCGGUGGCUGGCGCUAUCCAAGGCGGUGGUGAUGGGCAUCCUGACCACCAAACAGAUGGAGCUGUGGAACCACCUCUACGGCGCCUCCUUCAAGCCCCACCCGCUCCUGUCCUUCUGUCUGGUGCUCCCCGCCUCCUGGGUGACGGCCUCCGCGGCCUGUAGCGCAGUGUGGCGGCUCACCGCGGGGUACCAGCCCACAUCGGCACCGCUGCUGCUGUUCCAGGAGGGCUUUCUUUCCGGCCUGUCCUCGCCGCUGUAUUCCCUGGUCUACAUCUCCUUUGCGGUGUUGGGGCUGGGCGGAGGGGGUGUGGGCGGCGGUGCGGGCGGUGUGCUGGGCCUGGCCGCUGCGGGCUCCCGCCUGCCUCUGUGGCUGCUGGACGCGGUGGCGGUUUCCCCCCUCCUGACGGUGGUGGCACUGGACGUCCUGUGGAAUAUGGACACGGCGGCCAGGGCCACGCCGCUGCUCAUGGUGGUCGUCAACGCCCUGAGAGCGCACCAAGCGCAAGACGACGCAGCCGCCGGCCGCGCGUUCGGCCGCCGUGGCAGGGGCCGGCGCUGGGGCGGCGCCGGAGGGGCCGCCGGAGGCGAUGACGCUGACGAGCAGGACUGGGUGCCCCCCCGGGCGCUGGCGGUGCGUGACGGUGCCGCGGCAGUGAAGCAACAUACGAGUUUGUGGAUGAUGCUGGAUUCGGCCCGAUGGUGGGCGCAUCACGUGCGGGACGUGAUGGAGGAGGAGGCGCGCAUGAUGCGGCAGCAGCAGCAGCAGCAACCCCCGCAUCCCCCCGGGCAUCAUCCGCACAUGGACGUGGCAGGGGGGCCGCCGGAGGCUGGGCUGGGCGCGGCGGUACCUGCGGCGAUGGACGACGGCGCCGCCGUCGCCGCUGCACUGUUGCGCGAGCGGGCGGUGUUUGUGGUGGCUCGUCUGGCGCUCGCCGCCCGCAACGCGGGGAUGGUGGAGCUGCCACAUCGCGUGAUUGCGGGGAUGAUGGCAGCUAUGGUGAUGCCGCUGGGGGAAGAGGCGUGGCCGCCACGGCAGGGGGAUAACGUACGCGCGGUGGACCUCCUGCUAGAGGCGGCAGCGGUGCCAGGGCCGGCCCCGCGCGGCGGCCGUGCAGGUGGCGGUGGUGCGGCAGCUGGGGCUGGUGGCGGUUUCGGAGCCGGGAUCGGGGGACCGGGAAGGGGCGAGGAUUUCGACUUGGACAUGGACAUGGACGGCGUGGAUGAGGUCCUCGGGAACGGCCCCCUGAUGGGACGGAGGGGGGCGGUCGGGGACGGCGAAGGCGCUGGGGGUGAAGGGAUCGGCGAUGGUGCAGGUGGCGGUGGAGGAGAGGAGCGUAUGGUGCGUACCUCGGACGGCACGCUGCGGCCGCUGUCUGCGCUGGAGGCGGAGCUGCGGGCUGGGCUGGCGCAAGUGGCAGCGCUCCGCGCCCAGCUCGCGGCCGUCGGUCGCGGCGUGGCUGACCUGCUGCUGCUGGGCCGCUGGCCGCCUCCUCUGACGCUGCCCCCGGAGGCGCUGUGCUGGUGCGAGUCGGUGCCCCACGGCUUCCUGUGCCCCAUCACGCACUCCCUGAUGACGCAGCCGGCCCUGCUCAUCAGUGGUUCGUCUUUCCCCCCUUCCAGACCCCACAGAGAGCUGCACCGCCCUCUCUCUCCCUUUGGUUCUCUCAGGACGGACCCCACCACCGGUCGCUACCUGCACACGUACCACUUCAUCCACAACGACAACCUGAGGAAGGCCAUUGAAGACUGGGUAGCUGACCGCUUGGAGCGAGAACGACAGCAAGAGCAAGAGCGGACACAACAACAACAGACACCUGUGCCGCAGCUUCUUGGGCACAUCCGACCCGCUCAAAGGAGCGCCGGCGUAGCGGCAGCAGCAGCAACACCUGGCCACCAUCACCACGACCAUUUCCUGCGGUCGCCACCUCGACAACGGCUGCUGCAACGAUCUCCUGCAGCAGCAGCAGCAGCAGUAACGGAUGCGGGUGCGGUGCCGACGAGUGGCGGGUUAUUGGGGGGUCGGUAUCAUCCAGUGGCGGGCCCAGGGCCGGGGCAGCGUAGCGUGUGUGUUGGUACCUCGGAAAUGGGGCUGAGGAUGCAAUCGCCGGAGCGGUUUCGGAGCGGUGGCGCCGGUGGUACGACCCAGUUGGCCGGUAGGAGCCGCUCACGGGGCCGUUCGCGAUCCCGCGGACGGGCGCUGCGGCCGCCAUCUGGAGGCGACCCGGGAGGCGACGGUGUGGCGGCGGCGACGGUAUUGGCGCGGCAGGCGGUGCAGCGGGCGGCGUCGCGGCAGCGUGGCUUGCAGCGUUCCCAGCCCCAGUGA